UGCCGAGGCGAGGCCGGGCGGAGCGCGUCCCGUUCUGCGUACUGAGCAAGGGCCGGGCGAUGCGGGCGGCGGCGGGGUGCCUGGUGCUGGCCGGGGCGCUGGCGGCGGCGGCGGCGGUGGCGGCGGGGCUAGCCGGGGCCCGGGAGAGCCGGCCGGCCCUGGAGCGGCUGCUGCCCGCGGCCGGAGCGCGCUUCGGCUGGACGAACUUCAGCUGCCCCGCCUGCAGGCUCCUCUUCAGCGCGCUGGACGCCGGCAUGCAGCUGGAGACCAGCGUGGAGCACCUGCAGCAGCUGGCGGCCAAGGUCUGCGUGACGCUGAAGCUGGCGCCCCCCGAGGUGUGCCGGGAGGCCACCCGCCUCUUUGGGCAAGACAUGGUCACCGCCUGGGUCCGCUCCGUCCUGCGCCCGGCUGAGAUCUGCGGCCUGCUGGUGGGCGCCCGGUGUGGCCACUGGGACAUCUACUCCAGCUGGAACGUCACCCUGCCUGAAACCCCCAAGCCCCCCGUGAGGCCUCCGGUGCCCCCCCCACCCGGUGCCCCCACGGCCCGCCUGCUCUUCCUGACGGACCUGCACUGGGACUUGCAGUACACCCCGGGCAGCGACCCCGACUGCAGGGACCCCCUCUGCUGCCGGGGGGGCCAGCCGCAGGGCCCCGGGGCCGGCUACUGGGGCUCCUACAGCAAAUGCGACCUGCCCCUCCACACUCUGGAGAACCUGCUGCAGCACUUGGCAUCUGCCGGGCCCUUCCAGGCUGCCUACUGGACGGGCGACAUCCCAGCUCACAACAUCUGGCAGCAGACGCGCCAGGACCAGCUGCACGCCCUCUCCACCAUCACCGGCCUCAUCCGGAAGUACCUGGGGCCGCUGCCCGUCUACCCGGCAGUGGGCAACCACGAGUCUGUGCCCGUCAAUGCCUUCCCCCCGCCCUACGUGCCUGGGAACCAGUCCUCCGCCUGGCUGUACGAUGCCAUGGCCGAUGCCUGGCAGCAGUGGCUGCCCCCCGAAGCCCUGCGGACCCUGAGGCUGGGGGGCUUCUACACCCUCCCCCUCUGGCGGGGCCUCCGCCUGGUUUCCCUCAAUAUGAACUUCUGCUCCGAGGCCAACUUCUGGCUCCUGAUCAACGCCACCGACCCGGCCGGGCAGCUCCAGUGGCUGGUGGGCGUCCUGCAGAGGGCGGAGGAGAGCGGAGAGAAGGUCCACAUCAUCGGCCACAUCCCGCCCUCCCACUGCCUGCGGAGCUGGGGCUGGAAUUACUACCGCAUCAUCAACAGGUUUGAGGGCACGGUCGCCGGGCAGUUCUUUGGCCACACCCACCUGGACGGGUUUGAGAUUUUUUACGACGAGGAGACCCUUACCCGGCCAUUGGGCAUUGCCUUCCUGGCGCCCAGCGUUACCACCUACAUCAAACUCAACCCAGGGUACCGGGUCUACCACGUGGAUGGGAUCCGCUCCAGCUCCUCCUACAUGGUCCUGGACCACGAGACGUUCAUCUUGAACCUGACGCAGGCGAACCAGCCCGGUGCCGUGGCUCGGUGGCAGCGCCUCUACGGGGCCCAGGAGACUUACGGGCUGCCCGUGGCCUUCCCGGAGGACUGGAACCGGCUCCUGGACCACCUCCAGGCCGACGAGCGGCUCUUCCAGCACUUCUGGUACCUGAGGUUCAAGGGCCACCCGCCCGCUGAGCCAUGUGGGGACACCUGCCGGAAGGCCACGCUCUGCGCGCUCCGCACCGGCCGGGCAGCUGAUCCCAAACUCUGCCAGAGCCUCCAGCUGCCCUUCCCGGAAAUCCAGGCCUGGUGGCGGCAACAGCGGUUUUGCUAGCCGGGCCCAAGACAAGGGCCCAGGGGCCCUGCCCUCCAGCGGGCUCUGUGCAGGUGGGCACAACACAGCGUCCCUUCUCUCGGGCACUCCGUGGGGCUCAAGUUCCAGGCAAGCCCCACCACCCUCCAAAUUGGCCCCCAAGGUGCGGAGAGGGCCCAGGACUCUCACGAGAGGGUAGGAAGCCCCGGCUGCCUCUGCAGCUCCCCUCCAUGGCUGGGCAGCUCCUCCUCUUCCACCCCUGCUCCAGCCCCUUUGUGCGGGCGUGGGAAGCAGGCCUGCACGACGUGCCCAUACUGCUGCCCGCAUGCUUGAGUGCCAUCCGCAAAGGAGGAGCCGAGGCCCGAAUGGCUCUGCUGCCAGGACGCUGCUCUGGCACCAGGCAAAAGCCGGCAGGCUCUUCAGCCCAGCCUCUGCCAGCAGGGGAUUCCUCUGCAGGGGAGGGGCACCCCCCCCCUUCUCUUUUGUUCCCCCCUCCCAACAAUAAAUGGCCUCUGUGUCUCCUCCA